AUGACAGCCAACCCGCCGACGAACCUGCCUUCUCACCUUAAGCGCGUGGUGAUCGACAACGGCGGCCACACCUGCAAGGUGGGCUUUGCCGGCCAGUCGGAUCCGGAGCGGUGUCUGCUCAACGGCGUCGUCAAGACAAAGGGGCCAACGGGCAAGGUGUACGUGGGCGACCAGUACGAGGCAUGCCCUGACUACUCGUCGCUGCAGUACCGGCUCUCGCUCGAGCGCGGGUGCCUCGUCAACUGGGACACGCAGGCCGAGGUAUGGUCUCGCGCGCUCGGCGCUGACGUGCUCGCCGUCAACCCGGCCGACUGCUCGCUGCUGCUGAGCGAGAUCCCAAUGUGCCCGACCUCCAUACAGGCGAGCCAGAGAGCGCCGGAAGCGAGCGCGGCACCGCCAAUGCCAGCCUCGCUCGUCGUCGACGCGGGCUUCUCCGCGACGCAUGUCGUCCCGAUCUUCGGCUCCGCCGCCCUCAACUACGGCAUCAAGCGGCUCGGGCUCGGAGGCAAGCUGCUCACCAACCACCUCAAGCAAGUCAUCUCGUACCGCGCGUACAACGUGCCGAAGUCCACCGCCCCAGAGCGGCUCUGCUACGUCUCGCUCGACUUCGACGCCGACCUCGCCCUCACGCGCUUCCGCGGCAAGAAGAACACCAUCCGGCGCGAGUUUGUCAUGCCCGACUAUAAGAAGGGGCGGGUGCCCGCGGACCGCGCAGAGGAGCAGGCGCUCUCGCUCUCCAACGAGCGGAUCACGGUGCCCGAGCUGCUCUUCCACCCGUCCGACAUCGGGCUCGAGCAGGCGGGGCUGCCCGAGUGCAUCGUGCAGGCGGCCGAGGCGUGCCCUCCGGACAUGAGGGAGGCGCUCUACGCAAACAUCCUCGUCACGGGCGGGAGCAGCCGCUUCCCGAACUUUGAGGAGAGGCUGCAGCGCGAGCUGCGCGCCCUCGUGCCGAGCGACCUGCCCAUCGGCUUCACCGCCGCCUCAGACCCGACGCUCGCCGCGUGGCGGGGAGGCUCCAUCUUUGCGGCGGCGGCCGAGUACGACUCUGCGGUGGUGACCAAGGAGCAGUACCGCGAGGAGGGGCACGCGCUCUGCCGACGGAGAUUCGCCGGCGCGUAG